GUCACGGGGGCCGCAGGAUAUCCAGCGCCAAACCCGAACGCCAGCCCCUGAAGAAGCUGUGAUUUCCUGGGGUUUUAGAGAUGUAUUUUUGGCGGCAAACCUUCAGAGUGGGAUAUCAGCGCUGUCGACAAGAUUUUCUAACGUCGGCUGAAUCCUGAGAGCACAAGACCAGUACGGCAGUAGCGAUAAGGAAGAUGCAGAAAAGGGUGGUAAAGUCAGAGCCUCACAGUGGCUGGGGUGCGGUGUCCCAGUCCUGUCCUGGGUGUGUGGCAGUGAACCUGGUGUCGCAGGGAACCCUGGCAGGACCCAACACUGUUGUGCCACCUCACCUACCAGGCUGUCCUUCCCAGAAUGCCACUGAUGAUGAUGAUGUCAUAUUUGUUGGAACUCCAGCCAAUGAUCCAUUGCAGCCGGCUGAAGCAGGUAAUCCUCAGGGCAGGACGAUGUUGUCUGACGAGGAUGACCUGUUGGUGACCUUUGUGUCCCUCCCGGAGACUGCACACUAUCCGCACGCAAGGGGAGACUGUAAGAUACACAGCUUCAAACAAAUAGGAAUUCAAAAGCUUGGCAAGUCAUGGGGAUACGGCAAAUGGAAGUCUCUGCAGAGCAGAGAGGUAGACCUGACAACGAUAGGCCCAGUGGAAAGCAAUGCCAAGUACUGUGAGAAGUGCUACUGCUUCAUGUGUGAUGUUCCUGCUAAUCAGUGUCAGCAAUGGACAAACCCGGCAGGUGCCCAUUGUAAUGCCUACAAGUGCCCGUCCUGGCUGGCACAGCAGACAUCCAAGCCCAGCCCUCUCCUGUCCAGACUCACUGUGGAACUUAUGACACAAGAAGUACGGGACGCAGUGCGGAGAACAGAUGAGCUGGUGAGGGGUAUCCAGGAGGAGUAUGUGACCUUCAGGAAGGGGAAGCCCUGCCUGUGCACCUGUCAUCAGCUGGUGGCCGGGACCAGCUGGUGUGAAGUGUGCAAGGCACAUCAUCAAGUGGAACAGUAUGACUACUCCCUUGUGAGAGAGAAGCUGCUGGAUGCAGUGAAGGAGGCCAAAGCUGAGAGCCACAUGGGGAGAGGUGAUGCAGGCAUGGUCAUGCUGGACUCUCUCGUCCAUGUACUGGUGCUGGAAAAGUCACCACCAAACUCAAGGCCAAAUCGUAAUGUGGGCUACAAAGUCUGGGAAACCAAGUUCUACCAGUCAAGGAAUGAAAUCAUGAAAGAAAUUGAUGAGCUGUUGAUGGAUAUCUUCGUGCUUGUCAAGACGACCCCAGCGCUUCGGAAAUCAGUCGUUGCCAACCUCACUGAAAUGCUCAACAGGGAGGGAGUCCGACAUCCUUGGGCUCUCUCAAUAAGACAGUGGGAGGACCGUCUCCUGUCCCUGGUGCUGACCGGGGCAAAUCUCACCGGCAGAAAGGGCAACGAUGUUCUGUUGGAGCAUUGCAUGGUCAUCAAGCGCCGAGUGGAGCGGCUGAAAAUGGACGGGAACUACCGGCAGGCUGUGCGCUACCUGAAGUGCGUGAACAUCCCAGCACAUAAUCUCGCUGGUCUGUCGUUGAGUCAAGAGAGGGCAGAGUUCCUGCAGUUGCAGCAACAAGUGCCUCUACUGUACACAAGGUGCGGCGCUUUCAGUGAAGCCUUCAUGGCGUUGGCUUCAGGACCGGUGGACGCUAGGCACAUCAGUGACUCUAUAAUUGCGAAAAUGGACGGAGCAACCUUUCUAGACCUGAUGAAGUCCCUCAGUACAAACCUGUGCGGCGUCAAGGGCUUACCCGCUCACAAGAUCCUGUGGGCCUGCUUGGUAGCAUUGACAAUGAACGUGGGUGUACAGUUGAACUUGGAGUUCCUGAUAUGGUUUGUGCGAUGGGCAGCCAACAGCACGACAGGAUCAGAGACUCCCAGCCACGACGAGGCAGCCUGCAACAGGGCAAGGGCUUUGAUACAAGCAUCCCAGAAGGGUCUGCUCACAGUAUCUGCUCUGAAAGAGUCUGAAGUUUUGUCGAAGCUAAUUGUGACAGCCAGUGAAGCAGUCCUGUACCCACUAUUUGCCCACAGACAUGACGCGUACCUUGAUCGAGUUGCCGCUGCCUUCGGCUCAAAACUUUGGGCGUUUGAGUGUUCCCUGAACAGCUGCACAUUGUCCAGCGUGUUUGCAUCCACUCACUUAGCUCAGUGGCUUCGGAAAAAGUACAUCCCCGUCUAUGGUGUGUUGAGGCUAAGGGACACGACAUGGUCCAACAUCCUGGUCAGUGCACCUCAGCCUGUGGCCGCAGUCCUCAUCGAAGAAAUGCUGAACGCCACCCCGAUUGUCUACCCUACCAUCUUUGCCUGUCUUCGAUUCUUCACUUCAAAACUGGUGUCAGCCCCACAGGUGAAAAUCGAUACACGGCUGUUGGCAGCUUUUGCAAACCAAGUAUUCCCAAUGGCAAAAGCUGCAAACAAGACAACAUUGGUCAGCAAUAUUGUAAAGUUGUCCUUCUUCAAUGACCCAAAUGAGGCAUCUGUACUGGCCUUGAGAGAACUGUAUGCCAAGGAGUGGCCAAAAGUUCUAGAUUCGAUGAUCCGACUGCUUCCGGCAGAAAAGAUGGAAGUUGCCCUCGUGUCCUGUUUCACUACUUGUGUGAAGAAGGGAGAAGUAGAUAUAGUAGUGCGUAUGCUACAUGCAAACCGUGCAGGUCACCCUAGCACCAAGACUGCCUAUGACUUUGUACCUACGGUGCCAAUCUUGGUAGAGAAGCUAGCAGACCAGCUCACUGAGCUUGAGAAAGAUACAGCAAUUCAAAUGUGUGACAGCAUCAAAGACUGGUUGAGGGAUGAAAGUUAUAGCCCCUUACUGUGCCAAAACUGCAACUAUGACAUACCUCUCAUCUCGUUGAACGAGAUCUGGAAGGCUGUUGGCUCACUUUGUCCAGACAGACUUGAACACAUCCUUGCACAUGCCAUGAAGAGGCUUGGGAAGGCACUGACAACAUUUCAUAUGGUGAAGCAAUCCCAGAGAGUGUCCAUAGUGUCUUGGCUGAAGAGAGUUGCAGCUGUCAUGAAGAAGUUUGGGAAGAAUCUGGAGUACCAAGUGCACCUGAGCUUCCUCACCUCGGCCAUUUCGACAAAGAGAGGACUUGUGAAGGAGAUCCAGAGCUGCCCGGAGUUAGCCGCAGACAUCAUACCAACGUGGCUGCUCCAGGAGUGGGAGGGAACAUAUUCCCGAUCAAUGUCUAAGUGGAGUGUCAAGUCAUCGGGUCCAACAAAGUUAACCUUCAAGAAGACGGUAAGCCCUGGGCCUGUGUCGCCAGUUUCUGCCAACGUGUACAGCAGCAAAGGAGCAGACAAACAAGGUGCAGCCAGCCAGCUGUCAGAUGCACCUGCAGCAGUAUUCAAGGCAGGAGUGGACAACAUCAUGUCAAUGCAACCCAGCCUGAAGGAGUCCAAUAACAACAUCCGGCCACCUGGAAAUGGGGUCAAGGACAUGAAUAGCAUGUCACUGGAAGAGAUCCUGCAGUAUAAUUGCCCCCCACAGUCAAAGUCAGUGGUGAAUGGCGAAGCUGUGCAUCCAGCUACGUCGAAGGGGGGAAGUCCUGGAAGCAUACAAGUACCCAACCAACCUUUAGAUGCAAGGUAUGCUCGACAAGGCACACCGAACAGCGCGAUGGCAGUGAAUGGAAUGGUGCAGCCUAGCCAUUUUAACCCAGGGAGUAACUGUGCAAGUCAAGCUCUGCACAUGGUAGCUAGUCGAAUGCAUCGGUCCAUCACUUCCACCCAAUCCUCACCUCUCGAAAGCCAAUUGAUGGCUACAACUUCAGUAGCAGUGCCUCCACAGAGACCCAUCUCUGGUAUUGAGACCAACGGCAGUUCUACGAUUGUGAGCAGUGCUGGGUCACAGCAAGCGCUCCUGAGACCUCCUCCUCCUCCACUUGUCAGUGAUCUGAGUAAUCGUGCUCCAGCAGACCAAGUGCCUUUGUUGCCACCUCACUCGCGGCCACCGCCAAAUUAUCAGGGCUACCUGAGAUCAAUGCAGAAUUCUAACGUAACAACUCAACCCCUGCCAGUGCAAUCGUCCGGCAGCCAAAGCAUGGGAAGUUCUGGGCGUGUCCUGGACAGGAUGGUCAACUUUGUGAAUUCUUUGGGCUCUUCUUCCACUCCAGGACAGCCCAUACCCCACAUGACUCCAUACCAGUUGACUCAGCCAGCAGGGUACCCUAUAGACCUUCAGCACCUGUCAGCCGGACAGAUUCUCCCACAGUUUCCCAUGCAGCCUACAGGAAGCAGCUCCUCAGCAGCCACGAACGUGCCACAAAGUCUAGCAGUGCAGUCUGGAGGCCAGGUCACUGCCCAACAGUGCUCUACCACCGCUGUGUUGAAUGUAAGACCAACUGUGCAGCAUCAGCCGUUACACGAUAUCCAAAGCCAGAUGGCAGCAUCAGCAAGGACACAUACUCCAGAACUAACACCUGCGCAGUUUCAACCAACCAGUAGCAGUGCAGUAGGGUUGUCGAUACCUUUGUUUCAAAAUUCACCCAUGAGUGUAACCAUGCCAGUAAGCAAUGCGCAGCUCUUGAGAUUCCCAACGACGUCAGAGCCAGUCCACGUGUUCAUACCAAAUGUUCACCAGAAUCUCGGCAAUGGCGUAGCAGUUCCUAUGUCCGUAGUCCACCACCAUCCCUCUCCACAACCCCUUGUGGUAUCUUCCCAGCAGCUGCAGGCCAUACAUCCUGUAAGCAUAAGCAGCAGCUUGCACAGCAUUGCUGGUCAAGGAGUCGAAGGAGUGCCAUUGUCUACUGGAGAUACAUUGGGGGCAGUAGGACAACAGACAGGAAGCCAUACUGCGUUGAAUGCCGAUGCGCUACAACAGCAAAUGCAAGCAGCAGUCAGCGCCCAGGACAAGGGCCCUGUUCCUGUUCAUGUCACCUUCGUCCCCCCUCCGGUUAGACAGGAUGAGGAGACGGAGUCAGAUGAUGAGUACACAUUUGACACAACCAUGCCCUCCCCACCGAGAAGUCUGGAGAUGGACGAGAUAGUACUGAUCAGUGACAGCGAGGAGGAUCAGAUAUCUGACAGCAAACUUGAUGACGAUUGUCACAACAAGGAAGUCCAAAGGCAAGAUGACUUACCUGAAAUGGAUCCCUCCUCAAGUACCGAACAGAGUUUGGCUACAGAAAACUCUCAGACCGACACUGAACCCAAAGAUGCACAAGAAACCUCAGAUGUGGAACCACUGCUUAAUAUGUCCUGCGAGUCAAUAGACAGUGAUGUUGAUGAACGCAGGACAGUUCCCCGACUAGGAAAAAAGGCUGCCAGUGAAAAUGUUGUGACGACAUCCUUGAAUGUUCAGGAGAACACAUCAUUGUCUGAAAGGUCUCACCAAGCCAAUCUAAGCAGUGGGGAAAGCAGAGUAGAAGUCCAGAAUACAUUGCCAUCUGAAAGGUCUCACCAAGCUACUCUAAACAGUGAGGAAAAUGGUCUAGAAGUCCAGAAUUCACCUCUAUCUGAAAGGUCUCACCAAGCCAGUGUAACCAGUGAGGAAAAUGAAGUAGAAGUCCAGAAUACACGUCUAUCUGAAAGUUCUCACCAAACCACUUUAAGCAGUGACGAAAGUAGAGAAGAAGUCCAAAAUACAUCGUCAUCUGAACGGUCGUACCAAUCCAGCACAAACUCCAACGAGAGCAAUGAAAGCCAUGACCAUAAGGAGACAGAACACACGCAAGAUGAAGAAGAGACAGUUGUGCUGGAAAACAACGCCUCUUUUGAACCAGAUCCAGACAACACAAACUUUUGGGAGAGCAAGAAAAGCCAAGAGGAAAAUGAACAUACUGAGACAGAACACAUGCAAGUUGAAGAAGAUACAGUUGUGCUGGAAAACAACACCUCUCCUGAACCAGAUCCAGACAACACAAACUUUUGGGAGAGCAAGAAAGGACAAGAGGAAAAUGAACAUAAUGAGACAGAACACAUGCAAGUUGAAGGAGAUACAGUUGUGCUGGAAAAGAACACCUCUCCUGAACCAGAUCCAGGCAACACAAACUUUGGGGAAAGCAGCAAAAGCCAUGAGGAAAAUGGAGCAGAACGCAUACAAGAUAAUAGAGAAGCUGUUGUGCCGCAAUCCAAUGCCUCCACUGCACAAGAUCAAUUUGAGGUUGAACCCGACGAAGGGUCCUCAAUAGUGGCAAACUCGAAUAACACUGCAGGUGUGGACGAUGUUGUAAGUAACGCCAAUGAUAAAAAAGAAGUUGUGCUGCAACUCAAUGCCGUUACUGAACCAGAGCAAUCAGAGAUUGAACCUGCCGAAGGGUCUUCCAUGCUGGCAAACUCGGACAUCACUGCAGGUGUGGACUAUGUAAAUGACACCACUGAUAUAAGUGAUGAUAAUUGCUUUGAACAGGCCAGUUUGGACAAGGGAACUGCAAACCAAACAUUAGAAGAUGACAGCACAAGUGUACAGAAGCUAAGCACAACUCAGGACAAUAACCCUGCAAACCCAGACUCUGUUGACAUGCCCACUGAAAACUACGAUGUCCAGCAAACGGACGAAAAAGAGUCUUCCGGCAUUGAGAAGGCAUCCUCAGCGAAUGCGGACAGCCAGCUAGAUACCCAAACAAUGGUAAAGAUACGCACUACUGAGCAACAAGCUUUGACUGUGAGAGAAUAUCCAUCAAAAGAAACUGGUAUCCAAAUUUCCACAGCUGUGGCAGGUGUGGUAGCAAGGCUUGUCAUUGAUGUGGUCAAAGCAGCAGAGACAUUCACCGACACAGUAGAGGAAAGUUCCAGCAGUACAUGUACACAAAUGACCACUACCAACGUGUCUGAUGCACAUCUUUCAAGGCCUUCUGCUGAAGAUAUCUGCAGCAAUGCACAAACAAGCAGCUCUACUGAGAUUGCAACAAACAGAAAGGACUCGAGGACAGGGAAGAAACGAAAGGCAGAAGCACUCGUUAAUGAUGUGGUGAAGAAAACAAAGAAGAUGCCAAAUGAGGAGUCCGAUUCCAAAGAAGCGACUGCUUGUGACUACGAGAAGAUUUCAAAAGACGCGACAGCUUGUGACGACGAGAAGAGGAAUUCCAAAGAAGCGACUGGCAAUAGCACAAAACGCAACAGUGGAAAUGCCAAAGAGAAUCGCAAAAUUGCUCAGGAAAAAGGACCAAAAGACGUUCGCCCUAAAAAGUUACAUAACGUAGAACGCAGAAACAAACUCACCCGUGCCAUAUCCGAACAAAUCAGCACCAGAGCAAACGCUGGUAAAAAUGGUAAGAUGUUGAAUUCGACUGGUAAAACGGUUGAUCCCGUCAAAAAACGAUCGGGAAAAGUUCGAGUGGAUGACAGCCACACUCGUUCUGCUAGGAAAGAUCGGGAGAGUGUUCGCAAAGAUGGUCUCGUGUCCCUUAAAAUCAUGACCGUUGAUGCAACUGCACAAGCCAGAGUAACCGUGCAAGAGUUGCAAACAGCAAAAUGCAAUGUUACUUUUGAACAACGGAAAUCGAACAAGACUGCAAAGGAGAAACCGAACUGUAGGAGUAUGGGACCACGAGCGAAGAUGCUAAGAAGUAACAGCUGCGACAACACUGCAAAAGAAAGAAACACACUUCAUCGUUGGCUAGGAAGAUCGACAAAGGGAAAAAGUAGUGACCCUUCCAAACCUGCUGUCACUGGUAAGACAUUGGAUACGUACCAGAACGUACUGGUGAAGAAACGUAUCCUAAACAGAAGCAGAAUUCCACAUGGUGUUAAGUUGCCACGAGGGCUGAAACUGAAGAAGUUUCCCGUUGUCAGACUUGAAAGAAUUGACACAGAUCACCACACCAGGAAACUGCGCCUGAGAAGAAGUCGUUCUCAACCGACCUGAUGAACAUCUCAGCUGCAUCCUAUCCAGAUGUGUUGACCAGAUGACAUCAUGUAAGGACCAGUGGAGGUAUGGGCAUCCCGACGCAGACCCGUAAAGACGUGGGAUGCCAUCACUGAAGACGCCCUUUCUAGCUAUGUAGAUCCCGCAUAUAGAUUGUCGAGUCGAAAUUCUGUCAGAUUAUAUAUAUGUAUAACAUUUUAGUGAUAGAUUUAACAUAACACGUGAGAUUUUAAAAGUUCAUUGAUCGUAAACGCGAUUGAAGAUUGUAUUUGCGAAAAAGUCACUUCGCACCAAAGAGUGUAUGAGCAAUAUACAUGAUACGUUGCUGUUGAACAUAUAUUGCCAUUGACAUCGUUAUCUGGAAAAGCCGGAUAAAAUAUGGAUACUCAGGGGUCCAGCAAUUCAUUUGAACUGACUCAAGUCAAACCAAGAGCCAUAACAUGUCAGCACAAUUGAAUAUUUUAGAUCUAUAGCGAAAGUCUAGUCAACCAGAGAAGUAUACAUUUCUACUCUACAAUCUGGCGUUUGUUGUAAAAAUGUACAGUCUUGUAACUUAUAGACUUACAGCCAGUCGUUUUUCAGAUGGUACCAAUAUGCUCCGUAUUUUUGGAAAUGUGGAAGAGUAUUUUGACUCUGGUAGCUCGCUGUGUAUUUUGCAGUCGUUGUAGCGUGAUGUAGAAGUACUUACAAACAGUGACCGUAGCUUCAUCAGUUUCACGUCGUAAGGCAAUUUAAAUCAGAAUUGGUCAACACAGGCUUCGAGUGAAAAAAGGAGUAAACAUCCCCGUGCCAUAGUGUAAGAUAUCAUGGCCUAUGUAAAUAUGUAGUCACGUUUUAAAGUUAAGGUGGUCGGAGUCGUUCUAGGCUUCAUCUUUGAAUACACAGUCUCGAGUUGCAGCAUGCUAUGUUCUUUCAUCCAGUGUAGUCGUCAUGUUUAUAGUACAGCUCUGUCGUUGUGAAGGAAAAUGAAACGUUCGUUCCAUAUGCAAACGUCCGGAAGCUCUAAACUGAAGAAACUACGCCUCAGAGUCUGGCAUCUGCAGAAGGUAGAACCAGCAGAACCCUUGAUUGAUCUGACAUUUUAGAGAAACGAAUUCCGCAUUAUGGAAUAUGGAAUGGAGAAACGUUGAGGAACUGUACGUACUGGUACGCCGUAGUUUCGUCAGUUAUUUUAUUUAACCCAUAUAUUAAGACUUCUGGUUAACGUUUCUAUUGUUAUUUCUUGUUUUAUGUUAUAACAUUUCAUUCACUUUGUUGAGUUGCAAUGUGCGCUCCCAGCUCUCUGCAGUCUUCAAUGAUGUGGCAAUCUGGUAAAGGUAACGGCCAGCAUCGUGUCAUGGUCUUACAUUCCAAAUAAAAUAUUUUUAUAUGCAGUA